UCUCCCCCCAUUCCCCACCUGGCCAGAGCUAAAAUAAUAAAAUGCUGAGCUCACUCUUCCCCCACUCUCUCCCCCGGCACCAGACUCCUCCUGCUGACCGGUCAGUGCCCCAGGAGAACAGACGGACCAACUGACAAGGGGAGGUGAGAGGUGCCAAUCAGGACUGGUAGGCUGUGAGUGUCACCCAGUGGGGAGGGGGGAGGGGCCACCAUGUCAUCAUACCAGAAGGAGCUGGAGAAAUACAGAGACAUAGAUGAAGACGAGAUCCUAAGGACCUUGAGCCCUGAAGAGCUAGAACAGCUGGACUGUGAGCUACAAGAAAUGGACCCUGAGAAUAUGCUCCUGCCAGCUGGACUGAGACAGCGUGAUCAGACCAAGAAGAGUCCCACAGGGCCACUAGACCGAGAUGCCCUGUUGCAGUACCUGGAGCAACAGGCGCUAGAAGUCAAGGAGCGUGAUGACUUGGUGCCCUUCACCGGCGAGAAGAAGGGGAAACCAUACAUUCAGCCCAAGAGAGAAAUCCCAGCACAGGAACAGAUCACACUGGAGCCCGAGCUGGAGGAGGCACUGUCCCAUGCUACAGAUGCUGAGAUGUGUGACAUUGCAGCGAUCCUGGGCAUGUACACACUAAUGAGCAACAAGCAGUACUAUGAUGCCAUCUGCAGUGGAGAGAUCUGCAACACUGAAGGCAUUAGCAGUGUGGUACAGCCUGACAAGUAUAAGCCAGUACCAGAUGAACCCCCAAAUCCCACAAACAUUGAAGAGAUGCUAAAGCGAGUUCGAAGCAAUGACAAAGAGCUGGAGGAAGUGAACCUUAAUAACAUACAGGACAUCCCCAUACCUGUGCUAAGCGACUUAUGUGACGCAAUGAAGUCUAAUACCUACGUCCGGAGCUUCAGUCUGGUGGCCACAAAGAGUGGUGACCCCAUCGCCAAUGCGGUGGCUGACAUGUUACGUGAGAACCGUAGUCUCCAGAGCCUGAACAUUGAAUCCAACUUCAUCAGCAGCACAGGGCUCAUGGCUGUGCUGAAGGCAGUUCGGGAAAACGCCACUCUCACUGAGCUCCGUGUAGAUAACCAGCGCCAGUGGCCUGGUGAUGCAGUGGAGAUGGAAAUGGCCACUGUGCUGGAGCAGUGUCCGUCUAUUGUCCGCUUCGGGUACCACUUUACACAACAAGGGCCGCGAGCUCGGGCAGCCCAGGCCAUGACCCGGAACAACGAACUGCGUCGCCAGCAAAAGAAGAGAUAGUGUCACCCUUCCUUUACCAACAAGUUGAGAGCCCUGGACACAUAAAUCCUCAUCUCUCUACCUUCCCUGUAAAUAAAAUCCCUUUUGUUCA